CCUCUCCUCGCCUCCCCCUCGCCUUUGCUCUGCCCCCUGCAGCCUCCCCCCCUCCCCUCUCCUGCCCCGUCCCCCUCCUUCCCUCUCUCUGCUCUCUUGUGCUGCCAAUCUUGCUUGGGCUUCUCUUCCCUCUCCUUCGUCUUCCCCGUGUUCCAGUGCGUGCGACGACUCCCCGUCUCGAGGAGAAUCUGAUAUCACGUGCUGGGUCACCGCCUCCCCUUCUUCGCCGCAACUUAAGAACUCGAUCGGGUUGUAGUCGGUGCUGCCCUUCCGCAGUGUUAGGUUGGAAGCUUGGGAACACUCCCAGCGUGAGAGAGAGAGAGAGAGAGAAAGGGAGAGAUUGAACUAAGGUAAAGCACUGUUAGAUUUUCGCACCCUGGAGGAGGCUGGCACUGACAGGGAGGGAAGGGAAGGGAAGGGAAUGUCAGGGAAGUUAAGCUUAUAGUGCUUGCUGUUUGUGUCUGUCUUCGCCCAUUGUGAACUUCCGCGCUGCAGACGCGGAAAGGAUUUUUGUUCCCUUCCGAGAGUCGAUCCGCUGAAAUAUGGUGCGGAGAUGACCUGCGGAUUGUUUUCUCCUUUUUGCUGCCCGUCGAUUGCUCGAUCGAUCUCUUGUCGCCCUGAACGGCAGCCCGUAGUGUCGAUACGGUCCAUUGUUACCAAUUCCGCCCAGGGUUUGUUACUGUUUCGUUAAAUCAUUAACAUGCCUUAUGUUCUAUGUGAAUAAAAUUGUCAUGAGUUUCAAUUGACCCGAAGAAGUUUGCUGGUGUCUUCUUGUCAAAGCCUGUUGCCGGCUCGUGGAAGUUUUGAUCAAGAGUAUUCCACCACCUGCAUCUUUGAGGAGAGCUGCUUGCUUUGCCAACUUUCCUCGCUUGCUCGGACAGCUGGUUGUGUGUCGGGGCAAAGCGUAGAGCGAGGCUCAGAGCGAGCCUUUAAGCGAGGCUUUGAGAGUAAAGCUGCGAAGGUGGGGUUGCUUCAUCGAGCUGAUGAGCAAGCGGGUGCACUGCUCAUGUUGCCCGCAUAUACCUGGAAACCAGGCAAAGGGCGAAUGGCUUCCAUGGAAAGGUUCCUCACGGGGGGCAAUUUAGAAUUCUCGCCAGAGGAGGUUGCUCGUGAGAACGAAGCAGUGAAGACCGUUCAAAAAGAAAUGAACGAAGCAGAUGAAUUCAAUCUUCUUGAAGAAGAAGAUAUGCAUGUUUUUGAUCGGGAGCCACUCGCAGAUCGUUUACCUCUGGUUUCUUGCAACUCAUGCAAGAAGCCCAUCAAAGCCAGCCAUUUUGCAGCGCAUGCAGAGCGGUGUAGGUCGAUGACUGCCUCUGAGGACACAGUUGCUGAACUUGAUGGUGGUGCUAACCACAAGAAGCCUCCUCGGAAAGCAAGGAAGAAGCUUCUUAAUGCUCAAGACAAUGCUACCAGUGUAGGAGAUCGAGAUAGACUCCAAGCUAUGGACAACGAUGAUGUUGCAAUCCCAGAUUCCGUGGGUACAUCUGCAGGUGCUUUGGAUGAGCAAGCUACUGGUCGAACUGGGUUUAGUAAGUCAAGAGGGCAGAAAAGAGUAAUGAAUAUUGGAGAAGGGACCGUUGUGAAUGCCCCUAAAUUUGGAAAAUCUCGUGUUAUUAGUGGAGUCGACGAGGGAUCCGGAGUAGCGACUGGAUCAAUUAGCAACCCGUUUUCUAGUGCAGACCUGGAUGUGCUAUGUGGGGUCUACCUCGACCAAGGAGCUCGGUGUCGGCACUAUUUAACCUGUAAGGUGCAUUCGGAGUCCAGUAAACGAGCAGUAACUGGUCGGCGGCGGCCUUAUGACAUAUUACUUCAGGAGUUGAAGGCAAGCCAUAACAGACUGAGGAGCAGCAAGGUACAUGAAUCGGAAGUUGGUCCUUUGCCAAUGGCAACGAAAAUCUACUAUCUGCGUCACAAACAGCGUCUCAGAGGUAUUAUUGGAAGUCUUUAUUAUGAAGCCUGUGCCCGGGAGUCCAGCCCGGGCACUAGUCCAAAUUCUUUCUCCAGUGAACAAGGAGCCCCAUCAGCUACGCCACCUGCACUUUCAUUAGACAACUGUGGAUUGGAAGUUACGCAACAGCUGGAUGGCCUGCAGCAAACGGCUCCUCCUCCUGCAUCUGCCAAAAAGAUGCAAAAUGGAAGGGUAAUUAUGGAAGGACAUCCAUCCCAGAUUAUGGAUCAGACUAGAGGACAUCCUGGUGGAGUUGAGUCCAUACCUGGGAGUCAACCUUCAGAUAGUACGUACUUCAUUGGUGGAGGAAUGCCGCAGAUGGGGCAGUAUGUUUACGGGAAAGGGCGUUCUUCUUCUCCUUUACUGGGCGUUGGUAACGGAGUGCUGCAGGGGUUGCUGUAAAUACAAAGCUACAACCUCCUUUUGGAGGUGUUUCUGUUACUUAGUACCCUGGACUUUCACCAGAAAGGUGUGCAGAGUUGUACCUGAGCGUGGUGCAUGCUCGUUGUGUAGGAGUUGGGCAGAUUUAAUAUCUUAGAAAUCGAGUUGUGGCUAGGUUAGUAAGAACAUUCAUGAUUGUGAUGUACAAUAAGACGCCAGGAUUGUCCAUAGCGAGAUCAGGUAAUACUGCAGUUUUUCCAGUACACGGAGAGCAGGUAGACGGCAGUAGUUGUAGAGUUUUUGAACUGGCUUUACUUCCCGUAAAUUGUCAGGAAGUUGAAGACAUAAGGCUUGUAGUACUUAACGCACUUCAAGUAUGGUGCAUUUGUACUCUGUCGUGUAAUCUUAUUGACAAUCACAAAAGAAUUGUUGCUGUGGAGCGUUGCAAGUUAUUUGCAUGAUCGAAUGAUAUCCACUUUGGACGACUUG